AUGUCUUACAUGGCAGUGUUUGAAAAGAUUGAUAGCGAAAUUGACAAGCGUGACCAAGAAAAAGGAACAAAUGGACUUCUUCGUGGAGCUCAAAAGAUCACAUUAACUUUCCAAGGCCCAGAUCUGGAUCUGGAGAAGAGUAACCUGGAGAGGCUGAAGUACACCAUGUUGUUGAUGCUAAAUGUCCUGGUGUACGCGGGGCAACUUCGCAAGUAUACUAAGUCUGGUUGGGGAUUGCACCCGGAGCCUUCCUCUCCAAAACUGCAUCGUUAUUCUCUAACGGAAGUCGAAGAGUAUUCUCCUCUCGUCCGAAGGCUGUUCAGCGAGGUCGAUGCGUGCCACCAGGGCCUAGAAGAGAGCCGAGUCCUCAGAAUCAGGAAUGGUGUCCCAAAUGUGCACUCGGUGGAAGUUCCUCUUUUCCAACACACCCAUGGGCAGUCUGCAACUCGGGUUCUUCAUGAUCCUUUCUUCGAAUUCAGGGAAUCCUGUCUUCCUAGGCUCGAUCGGCCUAUUCAACACCGCCCAAAUUCGCCUUCUCCCUUUGAUGUCGCAGAACCAAAUGCUGCAGAACUAGACGAAGGCCGUUCGUCAAGCAGGGCUGAAAGACUUAUGCGGAAGAUCAGUAUUAAAGAUGAUGAAAGUUUAAUUGACACCGCACCGCUACGCCACCGUCGUACUACUCAUUCACCCAACCACCCAAGGCGUCGAGUUGUGCGGUAUUUCAAUGCAGUGAAUACUUUUUCCAAUAUCAAACGACACGAGCAACUCGAAAAGAGCGGAUCCAACCAUCAUGAGAGAGCAUCUUACCCCGAAACCCCUGGCGAGAUAUAUCGGCAUAGAAACCUCAAAGCAGCUAGAGACCGUUACAGAAGACUGGGAAAGGAUAGCCAGAAUAUGGAGACUACCAAAAAAUACGAGGAAACUAGGUCAGAGUACACAAACUCGAUCAUUGACUCAUCCCCGUCUUUAUCUAAUUUCAAAACAGUGGAUCAGGAACUGGAAUACUUGAUCCUACAAUGGACAACACUGACGCGAGAAGAGAUGGAAAGUGACAUGGAAGAGGAAGUGGACGAGAACAGGUCAUAA